UCUCACCAGGACUGAAAGCUUAAAUAUAAGCAAAGAUAUAGUAAAUUUAAAACCAAAUAUGUCACAGCCUAUCGACAAAACUACAUCUAUGGGUGUUACUAAAUACCAGGAUGUAAAUAUUGACCAUGAAGAUCUGUCAAAGAGUUUGCUUGGAAAAGACCAAGUUCAAGGGGAAAAUCCUUUGAAACCACCCAGACAAGAGAUGAAGAGCAUCAUGCUUGCUGCUACUGCUGGAGUCUGAUUCGCAUUGGGAAAUUAUGUCCUUGGAAUUCAUGCUGAUCUUGGGGUUCUUGCUAGAGAAGUCUCUGAGAACGGAUCUUUGGUAUUUGUCAUAAUUUUCUUAUUAUUUUCAAUUGUCAAAUCUAAGUAUCAAGGGAAAACCUACUGGAGUUGGGAGUCAUGCAACUUCAGAGAUCAAGAAACUGAUGGAAUUCAUUGGAUUAAAGUCUUUGGGACUGUUGUUUACACUCUUAUUAAUGUUAUACAAGGGUUCCUCGUUGUUUUUACCUUUCAAUUCGCUACAUAUGCUAAUAUGAACCAAGGGAUCUUGACUAGUCUGUUCUCAUUUUCUGCGAUAUUUUCAGCAUUGUUGGCAUACUUUAUUUUCCAAGAUAGACUCAGAAUCUGGCAUGGAAUCGGCAUCGUCUUUAUGAUCCUCUGCAUAGUUGGACUUGGGAUAGGCUCUGAAGAAGAGAGUGAGUUAGAAGGCCUUGAUGAAAGUGGCCAUAGCCUUUUCUUUUAUUCACUUAUAUCCAUCCUCUUUGGAAUACUUUGUCCAGUGUGCUUCUCAGUUGGAGGGUUAGUUGUGAGAUACUUUUCAGACAAUUAUAACUACUGUCCUAUUGAUCUUACCAUUUCAUGCUAUUUUUGGUCCAAUGUUAUCUUGAUAAUCUGAAUGAUUUUUACAUUUGAGUAUGGGUCUCAUCCAUUUAUUCUUUCUGAGUAUCUUCAAAUUGCUGCCUCUGGACUACUCACAGCAAUUGGUGUGGUAUUUCUGAACAUGGCAGUUACAUGUGGGCUGGCUGGCCCUGUUUUUGCUCUUGCAAAUAUCCAGGUGAUCAUUCAGACUAUUCUCCAAGUUCUUAUCAAUGGAAAAGUGCCAAAUCUUAUCGAAAUCAUUGCUGCAGCUUUGGGAGUCAUUGGGGCUUGCACAAUAGCUUUAGGUCCAGACAUCAAAAACCUGAUCCAAAAUCUUUCAGAAAGGUCAAAGACCCAAUAAGAUUUUUCUCCUAAACCAAGGUUCAAUCAUAAA